UUUUACACGUGGUGACCAGUGAUCGUUAAGAGACUGCAGCGAACAGGAGGGCAAGAAUGAAGAGGCCAAAGUUAAAGAAAGCAAGCAAACGUGUGACAUGCUCCAAACGUUAUAAAAUACAGAAAAAGGUCCGUGAGCACAACAAGAAGCUCAGAAAAGAAUCAAAAAAGCAAAAGAUACGGAAGGUGAAGAAAGAUCCAGGAAUACCCAAUGCCGCUCCUUUUAAAGAAGAGAUCCUCAGAGAAGCAGAGCACAGAAAGUUACAGCUCGAAGAACUGAAAGAAAAACAGAAGCUCGCCAAACAGAAGCAACGGGCAAAGAAAAGAAAACUUGAAGCUGAAAAUAAAGACCCAGCAACUAAAGCUAAAAAAGCAAAAAAGGAACAAACUGUCAAGAAACAGCUGAAGUCUACCAGCAAUAAAGAUAAAAACUCAAAAACAUUAUUCUGCAGUGAACUGAAAAAGGUCAUUGAAGCCUCAGAUGUCAUCCUUGAGGUUCUGGAUGCCAGGGACCCUCUCGGUUGUCGUUGUCCACAGUUGGAAGAGACAAUCUUGAACUUGGAAGGAAAAAAGAAACUCAUUUUGGUUUUAAAUAAAAUUGAUUUGGUGCCCAAGGACAAUGUGGAGAAAUGGCUGAAGUAUCUUCAGAAUGAAUUUCCAACUGUGGCCUUCAAAGCAUCGACACAGCUUCAGGACAAAACCGUGCAACAAAAGAAGCGUAGAGCUGCAAGUGGAGCUGUUGAUUUAAGUAAAGGUGUGACAUGUCUUGGGAGUGACGUCCUCUUGCAGCUACUGGGAGACUACUACCGGUCUCGAGGGACAGACGAUGCCAUAAAGGUUGGAGUUGUGGGCUUUCCAAAUGUGGGGAAAAGCAGCUUAAUAAACAGUAUGAAAAAAGUGAGAGCUUGUCAUGUGGGAAUAUCAAGAUGUACUACAAGGUGUAUGCAGCUGGUGCACGUUGAUAAAAGUGUGAAGAUGCUCGAUAGCCCCGGUAUCAUAGCGGGUUCAUUAAACUCUGCGGUUUCUUUGGCGUUAAGAAGUGCAUCAGAGAUGGAGAAGUUGGGAGAGCCGCUAGAGGCAGUCCAUGCCCUACUGAAACACUGCAAUAAGCAGCAGGUAAUGCUGCAGUAUAAUAUUCCUAACUACAGAAAUUCCCUGGAAUUUUUAACACUGUUUGCCAUGAAGCGGGGUUCUCUGAAAAAAGGUGGUGUUCCUGACACACAGAAAGCUGCAGAGACCCUGUUGAAUGACUGGACUGGGGCUAAACUGAGCUACCAUUCUAAACCCCCUGAGCAACACAAAUUUCCCUCUCGCCUCUCUGAAACUGAUGUAGCAGAAAGGCUGAAGGAAUGGGGGAUGGAAAAGCUAGAACAAGGCAACUUGAACACCAUCAAAAAUGUGAAGUGUCCCAACAUGGCGAGCAGCAUCGUAUUUCAUUCUACAGGCCCAACUGAUGGAGUUCUGGAAGAGGGAGAGGUGAAGGAGCCAGAUGAAGGGGAAGAUGAAGAUGUGGAGCUUGGUAGUGAGGAGGACGUUGAGGAGGAGGAGGAGGAGGAGGAGGAGGAGGAGCUGGAGCUGGAUGAAAUCAAACCCAAUGUCAAGAAAGUGGAGAAACCAUCAAAUGGUAAAUUAGAAGAAAAGAAAACUGGGGAGCAGUCAAGACUGCAGUCACAGGUGGUAUCCAUUAGCAUAGACUUUUCUUCAUCCAAGAAAGAUGAUGAUGCAUAUGACUUUAACACAGACUUCAAUUAAAUUCGCGUUUACCAGAGAGCUUCCUUCAUUGGAAGCAAACGCUAGUGAAACAACAAACUGUCCCAGUUCUUCCAUGGCCUGUAUACUCACCAGACAUGUCACCCAUUAAGCAUGUUUUGGGAUGCUCUGGAUCGA